UCGUUUCCUCCACAGCACAGAGCAGCAUAAGCAGUAGCAGCAGGUAGUAGCAGUCACAAGUCUCAAAAGUGCAAGUUUUUCGAAAGCUGAGAGAAAAUCAGUCGCACAUUUUGCGAUAACGCAGCUAUUGUGUACGGCGUAGAAUUUUGCGAAGAAAGUUGUUUAUGUGCAAGCAAACGACGAUCUAGAAACGAUGGACGAUUUGAAACUCACGACCGAUUAGAAUAUUAUGAUUUCAAGUUAAAUAGAGCACAACGGGGGUAGGUACCAGAUAACACUCGGAUGGGUUUCCCCGACACUUUCUACGGUGUUUUUAUAACGAUAUGAAAAAGGAGCGUUCGAAGAGCAGCAAUACCAAGGGCUGGACUUUUAGAACAAAGAGAAGGAGAAAAAGGCAACUUGUAAAAAUUGGAGAACAUUUUCUUGGUUUUUAAUUUCGUGAAAAAAAGCUUUUCGUGUGAACGUCCUGAAAAACCGGGUCUAGAUCCCGAAAUUUACCAGCUAUCGGAGCGGAACGAGUGUAGUGGCAUAAACUCGUAAUUGAAUUACGAUUACAACGCGAUUUACUAGCUUGAAGGAAGGAGUGAUCAGCGCAAAGAAACGAAAAAAAAAGCUAACGGAGCAUUAAAAAAAUAGCGACUGGUAGAAAUAGGCACGGAGGCAUCGAAGCAACGACAGUCUAGCCAAACAUGAAAGCCAUCGAGGCAAAAAUCGUCGUUUUGGGUUCUCAAGGUGUCGGAAAGACUAGCUUAGUGGUAAGAUAUGUUUCGAACGUGUACACAAAGGAAGUUUCGCCAACGAUAGGAGCGUCAUUUUUCACAUGCAAAGUUAAUCUAGAGGAUUUCAAAGUCAAAAUGCAGGUCUGGGAUACAGCCGGACAGGAGCGAUUCAAAGCGAUGGCACCGCUGUACUAUCGGAAUGCAAAUGCGGCUUUGCUGGUGUUCGAUCUCACGCAGUACACCUCCUUUGUUGAAAUCAAAACUUGGGUUCAGGAGCUCCAGAGGAAUGUACAGGAGCCAAUGGUACUCUCACUAGUUGGCAACAAGCUCGACCUGGAAGAGAAACGGGCAGUUUCCCGGGAAGAAGCCUCACUGUACGCGACCUCGAUUGGAGGAAAUUAUUUUGAAACUUCAGCACUACAGGAUCAGGGAAUCGAGCAAGUGUUCAUUUCCAUUGCUGUUGGACUAAUAAAACUUUCUGGUGAACAAAUUUGUCCAUCGUUGAAACGGUAUGAAUCGUCGGAUUCAUUGGUGCUAUCAGGAUACGCCAGUGGUAUGAAUGGCGUUGUUCAGAUGGGAAUACCGGUCGAGUGUGAUAAUGUACUGACGGACGGUACCGGCCGGUUGGAGACACCUUCCUGGAGUAGAGAACACAUAGCACAUGCGGACGAGCAACGAGCUGGCUGGUGCUGUUAUUAGGAACUUUUUUCCCAGAUGAUGAUUGCUUGACAAAUGACAGAAAGAUUACAAGAAACCAGACUUUCACUUGUGAUAAUAAUUCCUGAUCCCACAUUGAUUAAUCGAAACACACACUAUCUUACAAUAAGGUCACAUAAGUUUGUAAAUAACGCAUAACAGGAGCGAAACCUGCAGUUAUAAGAAUAGCAAUUUAGCGCACUAAGCAAUGACCAAAAGUAUUGGCCGACGAUGUAGAGUUUUGUCGUGUAUUUCGAACCAGAAAUAGCUAGGGCUUCGUAUGAUGUAUUUCGUUACACACUCCAAAAAGCACCUCAUGACAAAACUGAUCUCUCGGAAAAGAACACGUUCUUCUGCGAAUAGGAUUUGUGGAGCAGUAAAAAUCAACUCAUAUCACAGCAUCGAGUACUCAUUCAUAUAUUUAUAUUCAUAUAUUGCUACGAGGGUCAAUUACAAGUCAUAAUUAAAGAUUUGUUAUUAGAUUACUUCGGACGCUUGUAAUAAAACAUAUUUUGAAAAAUUUUACCGC